GCUAUCAGAAGAAUGUUCAGUUAAUUAAACGCUCGUUCUCGACGCUGUUCUUUGUCCAACGUAGAAUCAUGAAGUAUCUGUUAAUAGCGUUUUUCAUUUUCAAUCUAUUGGCAAGUGCCGUGGUCGGGCAGGACAAGUGUCAAACCAUUAUCAACCAGCAAGGUGUUAAUACGGUGGAGUUUGUGUGCACAGAUUUAACGAACCUACUCGAAUUGGAGAAAGCGAAGAGUAAUACUACCAGUAUUGAAAUUACGGAAUCGAGGAUAGCUCACAUACCAGGACAUGCUUUAGCACGAUUCGGUGCAACACUAAUCACAUUGGAUUUACAUGGGUGCGGCAUAGGAACGAUAGAUUCCUAUGCAUUCAUAGGACUCACAAAUUUGAAAAAUUUAAUAUUAUGGGACAACAGAUUGAGAUUUGUGGCAGGAGAUUGGUUUGUGAACACCUACAACUUGAAGACCCUAGAUAUAUCGUUCAACUACAUCGAAGUAAUCGACUACAGAAUAUUCCAGCAUCUUCCCAAUUUGGAAAACUUCUAUUUUGAUUAUAACCGAAUUAAAACUAUCGAAUACAGUAUGUUCGCGUACCUAACAAACCUUAAAAAUGUGAAGUUUGAAAAGAAUCCACUGAAUUGGGGAUUUCGUGCACUUUUGACGUGGCAAUUGGAAAAUCAACGCGUAAAAUACAACGAAGAAUGGGAGGAUUGGGGGUGGAUGAACGCCGUCAUCAAAGAUUGCUCGGAGAGCGGCCAGGGUGAAAUACCGAAAGACACGAUUCUCGAUUGCGCCGUUGGAAAACUACUCGACUUCACGCAGCAAAUAUUUUCCACUACUAUGAGAGAACAAAAUUUCGAUUGCACUAUGAAAGCACGACAGUUGGUUCGUUGUAUGAGACCAAAGAAUGCUACCGGAAACUCAGAUAACGAGACCGUGCGAAGAAUACUCGAGGACUACACAACCGUCUUAAAACCAAUGUCAAGAUCACUGGCUAGAUUUUCACCACCAACUAAUUAAUUAUUUUAUGAGAGUUCCUUUUUAUUUCAAAAUAUCUAUUUAAUCCUUGGACAGCGAGUAGUCGAGACGAAGAACAAUUUAAAUUUUAUUUUACAUCCUUCCUUUAGACAUUAGUUUUCUAAUGUAUUAUAUAAUUAGGCUAUGAUGUUUCAUUUACUAACAAAUUUCUAAUUCGUUAAAUUAUGUGAAAACUGUAGAUUUUCUAUAAAUAGAAAUAAAUAUCAAGAUUAUAUGAAAA